ACACAGACUGCAUCCGACACAUCUGGUGUCACAUCAGUGGAUGAACCAGCCAACUUGGUGAAGAGCCAGUGAGGAAAAAUGGGGCCAUUUGGAGCACUGCUGUGGAUUUCACAUUACGCAGGACUUCUUCUUCCGCUGAACGCCAGUGGGGAUGUGGAGCUGGACAAUCACAUAUCUGGUAACGCUCUUUUCACAGAGGUCCCCCAUGAUGUCAUUACUCAAAGUGGUCAGGAUGUGGAGAUGGCUUGCUCUUUUAGGGGUUCAGGUUCUUCCUCUGUCUUAUUGGAAAUCCAGUGGUGGUAUCUCAGGCACCUCCACAAAUGGGCUAAGAAACCUGCAUGGACAACCAAUCAAGUUGUACCUAUUGAGGAAAUGACAAGGGAUGCCACUAAGAUAAGUGUGGUGAAAGUGGCUGGCAGCAACAUCUCUCACCGGCUUCGCCUGUCAAGUGUUAAACCUGCAGAUGAAGGCAUUUAUGAGUGCAGAGUGAUCGACUUCAGCAACAACCACGAACAGCACCACACGGUUCGAGCCUACCUGCAGGUUCAGCCACCGGACCCUGAUUCCCAGCUUCUCACUGAGGAAAGUCUAAACCAUGGAGAGCAAAUUCUACAUCACUCAAUAAAACAUCCUCAGCAACAAAAUCACAAAGAGCAGGAGCCGAUUCAUCGACAGACACAUCACAAAAAACAUCCUGAGGUUCAAGCUACUGAAGCACAGAACGACUCACCCUCGACUCUCUAUCAUGAAGAUCAUCAUCAGAUAGAGCAUCAUCAUCUACAUGAGGGCAAAAACCAUCAGGAAAACAAACACACACAGUCAAGCAAGAAGAGUCAAAUUAAAAACCAUGAGUCGAAUGUGGAAAAGGACAAGGAACAUGCUAAAGAAUAUCAGAGAGACUGUUCAACUCAUGACUGUGUGCUGUAGAGCUGUGUGAAAGGAGUG